UAUGGUUAAUCUCGGAACUACUUCGGGAGUGCUUUGUAUUCAGUGAUAGUUGUAGUAAAUUUUAUGAAAAUUUGUAUGCUGUUACCGGUGACUGAAGAUGGGUGCAAGAAUCUUACUUACUUUCGGUGUUAUACAUGUGAUAUUCAAUGGCGUUAUUUCGCAAAUAAGUGACCUCCGAUAUACAGAGACAACUAACGACAAUCUGGGCGAUGCCAUCCAAUUCCUGCGUGACUUUGAUCGUGAAGCUGCCGAGAUGUGCAAUCGUGUAGCAAGUGGCGAAUGGAAGUACGCCACCAACUCGACGGAAUACAACAAGCGUCGCAUGCGAGAACAGCAAAACCUUGCUUCUAAAUUUGAAUGCCUCAGCUGGCGCCGUGCUGCCUCGUUCGAUUCAUCCACGAUUGUUGAUUCCGGCAUUCGGCGGCAGUUGGGACGAAUCGUUCAACCCGGUCGAUGUGGCCUGGGCGAGGAUAAGUACGCUGAGAUAACACACGUCAUUUCAUUGAUGAAAGAUAAUUACAACAAUGCAAAGUUAUGUCCGUUUCAUGGACCGUUAGCUACCGCUGUGGCAUCGGAUUCUUCAAAAAGUUCCAAUUACGUAACAGGAUAUACGGCUUACUGUGACUUGAAGCUAGAACCGGACAUAGCUCAGAUAAUGGAAACGAGCCGCAUUGAACCUGAGUUGAGGCAUUACUGGUCAGCUUGGCGUGAGAAAACUGGUCCUCCGGUGAAGAACACGUUCAUGAGAUAUCUGGACCUAGCUAAUCAAGCUGCCGAACGACACGGGUUCAGCGAUGCCGGAGAACAGAUGCGUUCCAUUUAUGACGACAGUGACUUCUUUUUUACGGUUAAUGAUCUUUGGACUCGGGUUCAACCACUCUACAAACAGCUGGUAACUUUUGUAAGGAAGGGUCUCGUGCGGCAAUAUGGUGAACACGUGGUCCGUAGGGAUGGUCCUAUACCAGCACAUUUAUUGGGAAAUAUGUGGGCACAAAAUUGGCAUAACGUACUGGACAUCGUCAAACCUGGACCAUCGGAGACUCCUGAUGUAACAGGGGAAUUGGUGCGGCAAGGAUACACCCCGUUGAAAAUUUUCCAAACUGCAGAGGAGUUUUUCACAUCCAUUGGUCUACCACCGAUGGCGCCUGAGUUCUGGCGCAACUCUAUGCUGCAAAGGUCAAACGAGAUGUUUGGUCAUUGUACCGCCUCGGCUUGGGAUUUUUGCAACAAGGUAGAUUUCCGUAUCAAGCAAUGCACGCAAGUCAAUCUAGAGGAUUUCAUCAACGCACAUCAUGAAAUGACCCAUGUGCAGUACUAUAUGCAAUAUACCAACCAGCCAUUCCUGUACCGAGAAGGGCCGAAUCCGGCGUUCCACGAAGCAAUAGCAAACUCAAUUAGCUUGUCCGUUGGAGGACCGACUCAUUUACAAAAAUUAGGACUACUGAACACUGCCGUUUCGGUGCUAAACGGAAACACAAUGGUCAACAUUGAAUACCUUCUGAAUAUCGCGUUGGACAAACUUCCGUUUAUGGCCUUUAGCUUGGCGCUGGAAAAGUGGCGCUGGUACGUUUUCGAGAAGGGACCAGUCGGUAUGAAUGCACGCUGGUGGGAACUGCGACUCAGAUAUCAAGGAAUAAUUCCCCCUAUGGGUCGAGGAUUCGAACACUUCGAUGCUGGAGCAAAGUAUCAUGUUAUCUCCGACCAGGAUUACAUAAAAUAUUUCGUAGCUACUGUGCUGCAGUUUCAAGUCUACUCGGAGCUGUGCCAGGCAUCGCACCAUGUUGGACCGUUGCAUACCUGUGACUUCUACCGCUCGAGAGAAGCAGGCAGAAUUCUUGGUGAUGUAAUGCAACAAGGAGCUUCUCUAACCUCGUCACAGUUGAUAAAAGUUUUGACUAGAGGAAAAACCUCCCGUCUUUCUGUGGAACCAUUGUUGGACUUUUUCAGACCGUUGGAAGCUUGGUUGGAGCUGAAGAAUAGAGAUGAACCGGUUAUUGGAUGGAGCUCGAAAAUGGAAGAUAUUGCCUUGUUUCAGCCUUUUGUGGAUCGCAACGGUCGAAAUUCUGCGGAAAGUUUAACUUUCGGUGUACUUACUUGUAUUGUUAUGUCUGUUUGGUUGUACAUUAGAUUUUAA